AUGACUACAGGACCCCUCCGGAGGGCGGUGCUUCCCGCGGGCACCAGUUUCCUGAGGUCCAGCCUCUUCUUCCAAACCCUCUCACUCCGUGUCUGCUGCAGCUUUAAAACCAAGGGCGUUAUCAAGAAAUGCUGUAAGGAUUGCUACGGUGUGAAGAGGCAAGGCCGGUGGUACACUUAUUGUAAAACCAACCCGAGGCACAAGCAAAGACAGAUGUAG